CAAGUAGAUAAUGCAUCUACGGUAAAGGUAUGGGUAGUAUUAUGUGAACAAUAAUACCUCCCGUCUGUUCUAUUCUUCUCAAGUCAUUUCUCCUAUCAUACUUCAAUUACGAUUGGGAAGGUCCCUUCCUCACUGAAAUCGGUCACUGUCGUCUCGGAACAAGUCGAUAUCUUGAGGACGGGUGUAUCUUGCUUUGCUUGUAUCUAUCUGUCUGCCUUGUGAUUCCUGACUCCCCGGCACUCCGCCAUAAUCUGACUCGUCCCCAGACCAAGCAAAUGACUGAUAUCUCACAAUAUCAACUUCACGCGUUAUACAUUACGCUUUAAUCACUCUUGCUUAUACAGCCAAAUUCGGUACAUGUCCACCUGUAAUACUUGGACAAUCACAAGCUUUUUAUAUCAUUCACUGUUCACAAACGAUCCCAACUUACAACUAACUGAUCUACUGCACCUGGAACUUGCGAGUACCGACUUCAAGCUCUCCCGAAAAAGACCCACAAGAUUGGGCAGAACCAAAAGAUAGGGUCCUUAUCAACAACCUCAACUUAUUAACUUCAUCGCGGACAAAACAUAUCAAUACACAAAUUUAUAACAGCCGAAGAUGUUCUCAGAAUGUAAGUACAUCUUUUUGACUAUGCUUUACAUUCAUUGUUUUAACCAUGAUAUUCUCCAGAUGCUUCGCGCUUCUUGGCUCAGUCACAGUCCCGGUUCUCCAAUUUCGUCCAACAGGAUAACGAAACUCCGCCUCGAAUUCCAAACGAACGAUAUCAACGAUCGCAACCUUUACGAAAUUCAAGACAUCAUCGAGCACUUGGUAACCCUUAUCAGUCUUCACAUCUCCCAAACUUUGGAUUUACCUCUCGAUAUUCCCAAGCUCCUCCUGAUGCACCGCUAUUUCACAGCGCUUUGAACGAGUUCCAAGAGGAGGAUGAGGAGGAGGAGCGAGAGAGGGAGACUGCGGAUUUUUUUGCGCUACAACGAUCACGGAGGGUAUUUGCACCUACGAGAGAAUUAGAAGAAAGUGAGGAGACUGAGCGCGAUGGGAGUGAUGUAGCUUUGGAGGAUAGUAAAGAUGAAGAUGGGAGAGUAGGCGACGAUCGGAAACGCCCUCGUGGUAUUAAAAGUAGUUGGACAGGUGGGAUAAGAAGUACAAGAGAGCGAGGCCUAACACCAGAAACAGUUGGAGAAGAACGUGAUGAUGAAAGUAGGCGGCCAAGCAGUCGAGGAAGCAGUGACAAAGGGAAGGGAAGAAUGGUGGAUGUUGGAUUAGAAUCUACGAUUGCCGACAGCGAACCUCCGAGUGAACUGGCGUAUGAUAUGGGUGAUGACAACCCACCAGCCUUCCAAAAAUUUAAAUCUGGACCGAAAUCUGGACCGAUCCGACUUGCUGGCGGUUCUACAAGAGGCAUUGAGAGGGAUAUUGAAUCAAGUCAACAACCUGGUCCUCGGUUUCCUAUCCCACCGAGCGAAGUGGAAACUGUUCCAGCAACAGUUCCCAUAGCUUUGAAUGAGGGUCCAAAGCAUGACAUGUUCUGGGGGUCUUUGUUUUUGAUAUGUUUGGGCGCACUUUUCGCAACCUUUUUUCUGAUAUUCCUGCAUACAUCAACGCCAGAUGGAGUGAUCGGUGAUACUGUCUACACAACACUUCGUUCUUCAUUCCAUUUGUUUGCGGUCGAUACCCUGGCAUCCAUUAUCGUCUCAUUUGUAUGGCUUGCAUUAUUACGAUCCUUUGUUCGGCCAUUGGUAUUUUUGAUUGUUCUCGCAGUACCAGUCAUACUGUUCUCAUUCUCACUGUACCCUCUGGUGUCUAGUAUGAAAGGGUCUACAGAUCGAACCGGUGUGCAAGAUAGAGCUAUGCGAUGGAUGUCAUUUAUGCCGGGAGCCCUUGCUUUACUUUGGCUGUAUACCAUUUACAAGGGCCGCCAAUCCAUAACUAAAUCUAUCAGUAUUCUAGAAUUCGCAUCAAAGAUUCUUGCUGCAAAUCCAGGUCUUCUCGCAUUAGGAUUCGCUACUUUAGGAGCAGUAGUUUUAUGGACCUGGAUAUGGUUAGGAAUGUUUACAAGAGUAUUUUUGGGUGGUCAUCUCUCAAGAUCAGGGCUCAGCUUCAUCAUUGAUAUGACGACUUGGUGGCUUGGUGUAUAUUUCGUGAUGAUGUACAUUUGGACUCUAUCUGUGAUUGGGGGAGUUCAACGAACUACGACCGCUGCAACCGUCUCCCAAUGGUAUUAUCAUCGCAAUGUGCAGCCAGGACCCACAUCUCGAGAGAUUGUUGGAGCAGCUUUUUAUCACUCAACUAAUACGAUAUUUGGUACCAUAUGUCUAUCAACAUUAUUAGCCCUUCUGAUCAGACUUCCUCUUAUCGUAUUCCCACGAAGAUUAGUAACAGCUAUUUCGAUAAUUGCCUACUCCUUUGUACCAACGCCGGUUACAGCUUUACUCAAUCCUCUCACACUCACAUAUGCUGCCAUCCACUCUCAGCCUCUUCAAACUUCAGCACGGGGUUUGAGUCAAAUGACAUUUCUUACACCUCAAGCACCUACAACCACUUUAACCCCACGAUCAUUUUCUUCUCGAAGCCAGGGCGCCACCCCUUUACUUCCAUACCGAUUAGCCAAACUCCUCCUCCAUGCGACCCGCGUAAUCAUGUCCAUGGCUCUCGGCUUUGGAGGUUGGGUCGCAACAGCUCGUCAAUUAUCAAUUAGUAUGCCUGAAGGCCCUGGUAUCAAAGGUAGCGCAUAUGCUUAUGUAGUUGGACUCGUAGCUGGUUUUAUUGGUUGGGGUGUUCUUGGAUCUAUGGAAGGUGUUUUAAGUGGGAUUGUAGAUGCAACUGUGGUUUGUUGGGGGAGUGAAAAGGGUAUGGCUGGUGGAGGGGCUUAUUGUCUUGAAGCUGGUUAUUUGUUUGGUGAUGGAAGGGAGUAGGUAGUGGCUAGGGAAUGGAAGGAAGAUGGAUUUGCAUUGAAUUGAUUUGGUUUCGCGAACGCAUGGAGUUUGGUGCAUAGUGCAUGAUGAAUAACAUUGAAUGGGAUGCAUGAUUACUUGGGUCAUGAUAUUUUUAAAUGACAUGGCAUAGCAUAGCAUUGUUUAGCAAGGUGGAAUCAAUUAAUGAAGAAUGUUUGAAUACUCUAAUGCUCUUACCUACAUAGACUCGAGUAUUCUUCAUAGCGUACGUAGUGCAUCAAAACAUUACGUUGUUGUCUAUGAUUGAAUGAGCAUGGG